CCCCCCCCCCCCUCCUUUUUUUCUCUCUCUCUCCCCUCGCAACAAUGUGUACGUUUUCGCGGAGGGAGGGGGCGCGCACGGGAGACAGCCGCGCACAGAGGGAGGGAGGGGGGCGCGUUCUGAAAUAAUAUAGUCAGCCAUUUUUUAUGUAAGGGGAUUUUUUCUUAUUGGGGGGGUUGUUAAAAAAUAAAUAUAAGAGGGCGGCCAUCUUUGUUGCUCUGCCUAGUGUAAAAUAUUCCAAAACGCCCCCCACUCUCUCCCGUGCCGAUUUGAAUAUUAAAUAAAUAUCAAACAUCGGCGCGAGAAAUUCUCUUGUAUAUUUUUUUUUGUAUAACCCCGCGCCGCUUUCCGAGGAACACGAGGACGGAUCCCGAUGACAGGAGGAUAAUGUCCUCUCCGCUGCGCUCCUGCGAGGAAGACGAGGAGGGCAUGGUGGUUAAUUCCGAGGGAGGAGAUUUCGAUGAAGAAGACGACGACGGGGACCGAGACGAGGACGCAAGCGACAUAAACUCUCCGGCGGCGCCUCGGGAAACUGCAACAGCCGCCGCCGCCGCCGCCGCCGCGCCAGAAGAAGAGGCAGAGGCAUCAGACAGAGAGGUCCCGUGCAGGAAGAAAGGACGGCCGAAGAAAAAGAAGGACACAAAGAAGAAGGACAAAGAGGGGAAACCUGCCAAAGCAAAGAAACGCAAGAAGAUCGAAAGCAAUGUAGAGAGAGACUCGGACAGAGAGAGAGACUUUGGCGAGAACUCCGACAGUGUCGCCAGCGACUAUGGAUCUGGGGAGAAAAAGAAAAAGAGGAAACAUAAAGAAAGGAAGGAGAAGAAAACCAAGAAGAAGAAAAAAGAUGACGGGGAGCGGGACAGCAGUCAGGAGGAAUCAACCAAGCCAAUGGAGCAGAAGACCUCGGCCCAGCUGGCAAAGGAGUGGGGUCUGGAGGAUGUUGAUCAUACCUUCACAGAGGAAGACUACAGGGAACUCACCAACUACAAAGCCUUCAGCCAGUUCAUGAGGCCAAUGAUCGCCAAGAAGAACCCUAAGAUCCCCAUGUCGAAGAUGAUGACCAUCCUUGGGGCCAAAUGGAGGGAGUUCAGCUGUAACAACCCCUUUAAGGGCAACGCCGCUGCCGUAGCUGCGGCUGCUGCAGCUGCUGCCAUUGCCGUCGCCGAGCAGGUCUCUGCAGCGACCGCCUCUCCUGAGCCGCCGCCACAGCCUCCACCAAUCAGGAAAGCCAAGACGAAAGAGGGCAAAGGCCCUGGCUACAAAAAGCGCAGUAAAAGCCCUCGAGUCUCAGACAAGAAAAAGGCUCAAGCAAAGGCUAAAAAGAUGGCACCCAUCCGUAUCAAGCUGUCGCCCAUAGGUGCCAAGAGGAAGAAGAGCUGCUCCAGCGAUGAUAUAGAGGAGGACGAGUCUGAGCAGGAGGACUCCAGCGUCCACAGCUCCUCGGUUCGCUCGGACAGCUCGGGUCGUGUCAAGAAGAACAAGCGAGGACGUCCUGCCAAGAAGAAGAAGAAAAGUGCCAUUUCAUGCCCAGCUCCAGUCCCUGGGGAGGAGGAGGGGGAGGGCUACGAGACGGACCAUCAGGACUACUGCGAGGUGUGUCAGCAGGGCGGGGAAAUCAUCCUGUGUGACACUUGUCCCAGAGCUCAUCACCUCGUCUGCCUGGAGCCUGAGCUGGACAAGGCUCCCGAGGGCAAGUGGAGCUGCCCGCACUGCGAAAAAGAAGGAAUCCAGUGGGAAGCGAAGGACGAGGACUUUGAGGACUUUGAGGAGGACAGCGAGGACAGGGUGAUAUCAGACGUCGGGGCCGGGAUUGUGAUCCCCGUCGGGGCGGAGGAAGAGGAUGACGACCACAUGGAGUUCUGUCGGGUGUGCAAAGACGGAGGGGAACUGUUGUGUUGCGACACCUGCACCUCGUCGUACCACAUCCACUGUCUCAACCCACCGCUGCCAGAGAUCCCCAACGGAGAGUGGCUGUGUCCACGGUGCACGUGUCCGCAAAUCAAAGGUCGCGUCCAGAAAAUCCUCCACUGGCGGUGGGGAGAGCCUCCAUCGCCGAUUCCUGUUCCCCCGGCGCCUGACGCCGCGCCGGACGCCCCGCCGCCGCCACCCAUGAAGGGCAGAGCCGAGAGGGAGUUCUUUGUCAAGUUUGUUGGGCAGUCCUACUGGCACUGCACGUGGAUCACCGAGCUCCAGCUGGAGAUCUUCCACUCGGUGAUGUACAGAAACUACCAGAGGAAGACGGACAUGGACGAGCCUCCCAGUCUGGAUUAUGGUUCGGGAGGAGAAGACGAGAACGGAGUGGGAAAGAGUGAAAAGAGGAGAGCUAAGGAUCCUGAGUACGCCCUCAUGGAUGACAAAUACUACAAGUAUGGCAUCAAGCCUGAGUGGAUGAUGAUCCACCGCAUCAUCAAUCACAGCUCUCACUGUUUGUCCGUCAGUGUUGACAAGAAGGUGUCGUACCACUACCUGGUGAAGUGGAGAGACCUGACCUACGACCAGUGCACCUGGGAGAGAGACGACCUGGAUAUCCCUGAUUUUGCUAUUUACAAGGCCAACUACUGGAGGCACAGAGAUUUAAUAAUGAAGGAGGAUCCAGACAAACCCAGGAAGAUGAGGAGCAGGAACCCAGAGGAUGAAGAGGACUCUCCUGCUUCCCCAGUCACUGAUCCUACGAUAAAAUAUGAAGAGCAGCCAGACUUUGUCACAACGACCGGCGGGACGCUGCAUCUGUACCAGCUCGAGGGUCUGAACUGGCUGCGGUUCUCUUGGUCCCAGGGCACCGACACCAUCCUCGCAGAUGAGAUGGGCCUCGGCAAAACCAUCCAGACCAUUGUCUUCCUCUACUCACUUUUCAAAGAGGGUCACACCAAGGGCCCGUUCCUGGUCAGCGCUCCGCUCUCCACCAUCAUCAACUGGGAGAGGGAGUUCGAGAUGUGGGCACCCGACUUCUACGUGUUGACGUACACGGGAGACAAGGACAGUCGAGCCAUCAUCAGAGAGAACGAGUUUACCUUCGACGACACGGCUGUCAAAGGAGGAAAGAAGACCUUUAAACUGAGGAGGGAUGCUACUAUUAAAUUCCAUGUGCUGCUGACGUCCUAUGAGUUGGUGACCAUUGACCAGACGGCGCUCAAGUCCAUCGACUGGGCCUGUCUGGUGGUGGACGAGGCUCACCGCCUCAAGAACAACCAGUCCAAGUUUUUCCGGCGUCUGAACGAUUAUAAGAUCGACCACAAGCUGCUGCUGACGGGAACUCCUCUGCAGAACAACCUGGAGGAGCUGUUCCACCUGCUCAACUUCCUCACGCCCAACCGCUUCAAUAACCUCGAGGGCUUCCUGGAAGAGUUUGCCGACAUUUCCAAGGAGGACCAGAUCAAGAAGCUCCACGACCUCCUGGGGCCUCACAUGCUGCGGAGGCUGAAGGCCGACGUCUUCAAGAACAUGCCCGCCAAGACCGAGCUGAUUGUCAGAGUGGAGCUGAGCCCAAUGCAGAAGAAAUACUACAAGUUGAUUCUGACCAAGAAUUUCGAGGCUCUGAACACGAAGGGAGGAAACCAGGUGUCACUGCUAAACAUCAUGAUGGACCUCAAGAAGUGCUGCAACCACCCCUACCUCUUCCCUGUGGCCUCCAUGGAAGCUCAGAAAACGCCCAGCGGUGCUUACGAGGGGUCGGCCCUCACUAAGGCUUCCGGGAAACUGACGCUGAUGCAGAAAAUGCUGAGGAAUCUGAAAGAGCAGGGGCACCGAGUGCUUGUGUUCUCACAGAUGACUAAAAUGCUGGACUUGUUGGAAGACUUCCUGGACUAUGAGGGUUAUAAGUACGAGAGGAUUGACGGAAGCGUCACGGGAGCGCUGAGACAAGAGGCCAUCGACCGCUUCAACGCUCCUGGUGCUUGUCAGUUUUGUUUCCUGCUCUCCACCAGAGCCGGAGGUUUGGGGAUCAACUUGGCCACAGCUGACACCGUCGUCAUCUUCGACUCGGACUGGAAUCCUCACAACGACAUACAGGCGUUCAGCCGAGCCCACAGAAUCGGGCAGGCCAACAAGGUCAUGAUCUACCGCUUUGUGACCCGAGCCAGCGUGGAGGAGCGGAUCACCCAGGUGGCCAAGAGGAAAAUGAUGCUGACCCACCUGGUGGUCCGGCCGGGCCUCGGAUCCAAGGCAGGCUCCAUGAGCAAACAGGAACUGGACGACAUCCUCAAGUUUGGAACAGAGGAGCUCUUCAAGGAUCAGAGAGAAGGUAUGAAAAACACCACCGGGGAUAAAGUGGAGGACGAGGGCAACGUCAUCCACUACGACAGCGUGGCCAUCGAGAGGCUGCUGGACCGAAGCCAGAACGAGACGGACGACACGGACGUCCAGAACAUGAACGAGUACCUCAGCUCCUUCAAAGUGGCCCAGUACAUGGUGCGAGAGGAGGAUAAGGUGGAGGAGAUCGAGCGGGAGAUCAUCAAACAGGAGGAGAACGUGGACCCUGAUUACUGGGAGAAGCUUCUGCGGCACCACUACGAGCAGCAGCAGGAGGACCUCGCCAGCAAACUGGGUAAAGGCAAGAGGAACCGCAAGCCCGUCAACUACAACGACGCAGCCCAGGAGGACCAAGAGUGGCAUGCUGACAUUUCAGAUAACCAGUCCGAGUAUUCAGUGGGCUCCGAGGAGGAGGACGAGGACUUUGACGAUCGACCAGAGGGUCGAAGGCAGUCGCGUCGCCAGUUGAGGAAUGAGAAAGAUAAACCUCUGCCUCCUCUCCUGGCCAGGGUCGGAGGCAACCUUGAGGUGCUGGGCUUUAACACUCGCCAGCGGAAGGCCUUCCUGAACGCAGUGAUGCGCUGGGGGAUGCCGUCUCAGGACGCCUUUUCCUCCCAGUGGUUGGUGAGAGACCUCAGGGGCAAAUCUGAAAAAGAAUUCAAAGCGUACGUGUCUCUCUUCAUGCGUCACCUGUGUGAGCCGGUGGCUGACGGCGCGGAGACGUUCGCAGACGGCGUCCCGAGGGAGGGUCUGUGUCGCCAGCCGGUCCUCACACGAAUCGGCGUCAUGUCCCUCGUCAAGAAGAAGAUCCAGGAGUUCGAGCACAUCAAUGGACGGUGGAGUCUCCCAGAGCUCAAGCCUGAGGUCAACGUGGAGAAGUCCUCCUCCAGGGCCUCCUCUCCAGCAAUGAAGACCACCACGCCCACGCCAGACGCCAGCUACAGCAACACACCGUGCACCUCCACGCCAGCGACCCCUGCUCCUGCAGACAAGCUGGAAAAAAACGGAAAGGAGGGAGAGAAGGAAGAGGAAAAAGAGGAGGGUGAGACCCUGCCGGAGAAAGAGAAAGGGAAGGAGAAGGAUGAGGGGAAAGAGGACAGCAACAAGACUGGAGACCCUGAAGAGCUGUCCUCGACAAAAGAGACACCACAGAGUGCGUCUCCUUGUCAAAAAGCCGAAAAUGUGGAAGAGCACAACCUGAAAGAGGCGGAGAAGAAAGAAACGCCAGACAUUCCAGCUGCCACGACAGAGGAGAAGAAAGCGCAGGAGGAGAGCAAAGAGGAGACGAAGCAAGACACGGAGUUAAAAGAAGAGAAAUCAGAAGGAGAGAAGACGGCGGAGGAGAAGGAAAGAGAAAACGAAAAGCGUGAAGAGACGCCCACGGCAAAAGAAGCGACGGACACCAAGGAGAAGUCCGAGGUGGCCGACGUGAAGAAAGAGGAGGUCAAAGGUGAGAAAGAGGCCGUAAAAGAGGUCAAAGCGGCGAAGGAGGAGCCACCCAGAGGAAACGGGAGGCCUCCUGUGGAGCGACCUCGCUUCAUGUUCAACAUCGCAGACGGCGGAUUCACUGAGCUGCACACUCUCUGGCAGAACGAGGAGCGGGCCGCCAUCUCCUCGGGGAAGAUGAACGAGAUCUGGCACCGCCGACACGACUUCUGGCUGCUGGCGGGAAUUGUGAUUCACGGCUACGCCCGGUGGCAGGACAUCCAGAACGAUCCCCAGUUCGCCAUCGUCAACGAGCCUUUCAAGAUGCAGGCCAACAAAGGCAACUUCCUGGAGAUGAAGAACAAGUUCCUGGCUCGACGCUUUAAGCUGCUGGAGCAGGCGCUGGUGAUCGAGGAGCAGCUGCGGCGGGCGGCCUACCUGAACAUGACCCAGGACCCCAGCCACCCGGCCAUGGCCCUCAACGCUCGCUUUGCAGAGGUGGAGUGCCUGGCGGAGUCGCACCAGCACCUCAGCAAGGAGUCCCUGGGGGGGAACAAGCCGGCCAACGCUGUCCUGCACAAAGUGUUGAACCAGUUGGAGGAGCUGCUGAGCGACAUGAAGGCCGACGUGACCCGACUCCCGGCCACGCUGUCCAGGGUUCCCCCGAUCGCCGCCCGCCUGCAAAUGUCCGAGAGGACCAUCCUCAGCCGACUGGCGAGCAAGGGCACAGAGACGCACACGCCCCCGCCCAUACCCCCAGGACCCUACGCCACCCCUCAGAACUAUGGAGCCCCCUUCACCCCUGCACCCCCGAGCGCCCUCUACAUGGGAGGGGCCAACUACAGUCAGAUGCCACCAGGAUCCUUCAUAUCAGUGCUGAACGGGCCUCCCAUGCCUGUGAAGAAGGAGCGAGAAGCCGAGAUGUUAGUCAACCGACGGGAGCAGCGCAGCGGAGAGGUCAUCUGCAUCGACGACUAGACUACACAAACAGACACACAAACACACACACACACCCACACUCACUGAAACCCAUCUGCUGCAAAUGAAUCUUCAAUUUCUCUCCAAGAAAGUGGAGUCUCAGCGGUACACGCUCCUCAGCCGGCACCGGUGAACCAUCCAGUAUUAAAACAAACCGACUGACUGAGGGUGAACUUACUGACCCGCUCUUGAUUGUAGUCGCUUCAUUUGACAACACACACUCCUACACACAAACACAGACACACACAAGAGUCUUCUAAGACUUCCCCUCGCUCCAUGUGUAACUAAAAUAAGCCCACACACCUACAGUGCAUACAGUCCAUGUAGACUCAUAAGAUUCUUAUGACCUUCUUUGUCUGCCUCAAACCAUUAUACUCCUCAUAACCGGCCUCCUCACACUGGCCUCCUCCUCCUCCUCCUCUAGGGAUGCCUCUACCCUCACCUCCACACAAACACACUCUAACACACACACUCACACACACACAACGCACCUCAAUCCUGAACCCUUUAGAUCUCUCGGUAGACCAAGUAACCUUCCUCCUGCUCCCCUGCUCCUUGAAACCCUCGACAGGAAGCUGCAUGUGAAACUAAAAACAUUUUCGACCACCACACUCCAUCCCCUGAAGCAUGCUCUAAUCACAAUAACGCUGUCUCGUGGAAAAGAGGGGUGGGGGGGG